AUGUCAGACACCAAUGAGAUCACCAUCAAUGUCCUUCUCCUGGGAAAGACCAAAAGUGGUAAGAGUUCACUUGGAAAUAGCUUGCUGGGCAGUUACGAAUUUGAAAGCCAAUUUUUCCCACGCUCAGUGACCAAGGAGUGCCGACUCUGCAGAAUCCGCAUACCUCAAUUUGCUCGCAGGAUGGGAGCAGAGUUGUGUCUGAAACUGCAGGUGCUGGAUACACCAGGUUCACCUCACAGCAGCCUGAACCAGGAAGAGAUGAAGCAAAGCGUGAAGAGAAGCCUAGCCGAGCAAUUUUCAGACGGGUUACAUAUGGCCUUACUUGUUCUGAGGGCUGACAUACCCCACUGUGAAGAAGAUAACCAGCACACUGUCAAAUUAGCAGAGUAUCUACUUGGCCCAGAAUGGAAGCAUUUCACCACUGUCAUAUUUACUCAUGGAGACAAGUUACAAGAGGCCAAAAUGGAUGAAGAAGAAUACCUUAUGUUGGCCCCUAAAUCUAUUUUAGCACUUUUGGAAAAUGUUCACAAUCAAUACAUUUUUAGAUUUCCUAUGGGUAAAACACUACACCAGGAGAGAGAGAGAUUAUUAUCAAAAAUCUUGCAUUUUGUUAGGCAGAACAGUUACCGAAGACUACAGUUCAAAUAA